CUAGGAAAAGGCAGAAGCCAUCUUUGCCAACUCAAACUCAAGGCGACACCCCCCAAGCAAGGGCGCGGCAUCUUCCCCCGGCAUCAUCCUCGCAAUCUCCGCCUCCCCGACCGAGCCAAAACCCCCCGUCAAAAUCCUUCUCGCUCCGCCCGCAUCUCCGCCGCCGCCAUGGCCGCCGCCCACUCCCUCCUCCACCUCGCGGCGCCCAAGCCCCUCGCCCCCUCCUCCUCCUCCUCCACUCACACGCCUCUCGCCGCCGCGCAGCUCCGCCAGCUGCCCGCCGCCCGCCGGCCGCACCGCCUCGUCGCUUCCUGCGCAGGCUCGGCCCACCCCGACCUCACCGCGUUCCCCAACCCCAACGGCCUCCUCGUGGCCGAGCCCGCCGCGGGCGCGCAGCACAGCAUCGGCGUCGAUGCCGUCACGGAGGCCGAGCUGCGGGAGAACGGGUUCCGGAGCACGCGCCGCACCAAGCUCGUCUGCACCCUGGGCCCCGCCACCUGCGGCGAGGCCGAGCUGGAGGCGCUGGCCGUCGGCGGAAUGAACGUGGCGCGCCUCAACAUGUGCCACGGGGACCGCGAGUGGCACCGGGAGGUCAUCCGCCGCGUGCGCAGGCUCAACGAGGACAAGGGCUUCGCCGUCGCUGUCAUGAUGGACACCGAGGGGAGCGAGAUCCACAUGGGGGACCUCGGCGGCGCGCCCGCGGCCAAGGCGGAGGAUGGAGAAAUCUGGACAUUCAGCGUUAGAUCUUUUGAGGCACCUCUCCCAGAGCUAACCGUUCAUGUGAACUAUGAAGGAUUUGCUGAAGAUGUGAGAGUUGGUGAUGAUCUUCUUGUGGAUGGUGGAAUGGCUCGGUUUGAGGUCAUCGAGAAAUUAGGACCAGAUGUUAAAUGCCGUUGCACAGAUCCUGGUUUACUGUUGCCACGUGCCAAUCUUACAUUUUGGCGGGAUGGCAGUGUUGUCCGCGAGAAGAAUGCUAUGCUUCCAACAAUUACAUCUAAGGAUUGGAUUGACAUAGACUUUGGAAUUGCUGAAGGUGUAGAUUUUAUUGCAGUUUCAUUUGUCAAGUCAGCUGAAGUGAUUAACCAUCUAAAGAGCUACAUAGCAGCAAGAAGUCGUGGAAGUGACAUAGCGGUCAUUGCAAAGAUCGAGAGCAUCGACUCUUUAACAAACCUAGAGGAGAUCAUCCGUGCAUCAGAUGGUGCCAUGGUAGCCAGAGGGGACUUGGGGGCACAAAUUCCCUUGGAGCAGGUCCCUUCAAUACAACAAAAGAUAGUUAAACUGUGCAGGCAGUUAAACAAGCCGGUCAUUGUUGCUUCUCAGCUUCUCGAAUCAAUGAUUGAGUAUCCCAUACCCACCAGGGCUGAAGUUGCAGAUGUUUCCGAAGCAGUCAACCAACGUGCGGAUGCUCUUAUGCUUUCUGGCGAGUCAGCAAUGGGGAGAUAUCCAGAUAAGGCUCUCAGUGUCCUCAAUAGUGUUAGCUUAAGGAUUGAAAAAUGGUGGAGGGAGGAGAAGCGUCUAGAGGCAUUAGAACUUGAGGACGUUUCAUCUUCUUUCUCUGACAAAGUAUCAGAAGAAAUCUGCAUUUCGGCGGCUAAAAUGGCUAACAAAUUGGAAGUAGAUGCCGUUUUUGUAUACACAAAUGGUGGCCACAUGGCCUCCCUGCUGUCACGGUGCCGUCCUGACUGUCCAAUCUUUGCUUUCACAAACUCAACUUCCGUGAGGAGACGGUUGAACCUUCAAUGGGGCCUCACCCCCUUCCGCCUCAGCUUCUCGGACGAUAUGGAGAGCAACCUGAACCGCACCUUCUCCCUGCUCAAGGCCAGGGGCAUGAUCAAGUCUGGUGACCUGGUGAUUGCACUUUGCGACAUGCUGCAGUCCAUCCAGGUAAUGAACGUACCAUGAGAGUGAUCCAUCUCCUCGCUGUACUGUUCCGCCCAAAGCGGAAUCAAGCACGCCAGCUUUAGCGUACACCUUCAAGGACAGUUUCUGUUUGGAAUUUGUUUGUGUGUUCUCCUUGUGUAAGACAGAACCUGAGAACUCAACUGUGACAACAAUAAUUGGCUGCAAUUUCCAGCCUCAUGUAAAACUCUUGUAUGAUCUAGGAUUAGUCUGGGCAUUGCUGUGAUUUUCAAUCUU